AUGGCGGAGCAUACUGCAGCGGCGGCCGUUGCUAUCCCCUUCGCCGGUGGCGCGUUCCCCUUGCUGAAAAAAAGCCAGCCCCGCGCUCCCCCUCUCCGCGCCGCGCUUUGUCCCGCCUCCUGCUCCACCGACCGCCUCCUGCCCUGCCUUGCCGCGCUCCGCCGGCGGCGUCCUGUCCCGCCCGGCGUCGCCGCGCUCCACCGGCCGCCUUCUGCGCCGCCCCGCCUCACCGUCCUCCGCUGCCCGCCUCCUGCCCUGCCUCGCCUCGCUCCGCCGGCGGCCUCCUGCGCCGCCUUGCCUCCCCGCGCUCCCCCGGCCACCUCCUGUGCCGCCCUGCCUCGCCGAGCUCCGCCGGCCGCCUUCUGCGCCGCCCCAUCUCACCGUGCUCCGCCGGCCGCCUCCUGCCUCACACCAUGGAGAACAGCGACAGGCGGCUGCCAACGGACGGAUACAGACAGAGGAGGGUUAGAGAGGUGCGCGGAAGGCCGACGAGGUUGCGCGGCGCCGGAUCCAGAGUUCGGGGUGGUGCCAUGGUUGCUCGGUGAGCUCCUGCAGGGGAAGAUGGCGGGGCAAGAUUUGAAGGGAGAUGGGAGAGAGAAGGGAAAGGGAUUGGCCGGCGGGGAUUCUGCUGCUCACCGGCGAAUAUCGAGCGCUUGGGCACCAUGCGAGGCUGCGGCUCCGGGCGGUUGGAGACGCAGCCUUAGGAAAGCUGUUGCUGCUUUCGAGUGCGAGCGUCGCUCCGUUGAGUCCGACGGACGAAGGAUUAGGGGAGGGGAGGGCUGUGGAGACUUCGAGGCGGCUGGUGGAGGCGUUGGCCUUGUCGGAAGGCCGGAGGAGGUGACUGGUGGCGGCUCGCCAUGGCUGCACUUCAGGGGAGCGGAGGUAGGCAUUCGAUGGCCAGUCCGUGUGGAUGUAGAUGAGACCUAGCCGUGAUGAACAAAUAGUAGUAGACUGUGUUGGACUGCUGGUCUUUUCCUCCUAUCUGAAUUUUCUGCAGAUGAGAUCCAGCCAUGAUAAACAAAUAGCAGCAAGCCGUGCUGCUCUUUUAUCUAUCUGAAUUUUGUGCAACUCAGAUCCACCAAGGAAGAGAUGGAUGAGGCCGUGCUGCUCCUUUCAUCUAUCUCAAUUGCUAUAUGAAAAGCUCUGAAUUUCCAAUUAGGUAAAUAUCACCACUAACUCUCAUUUUCAAGCAUAGUAUAUGUGCUUCUGCAUAUAAAGAAUAUGCGUGCUUCUUUCAUUUUCUCUGUUCAAACUUAUACUGCAGCAGAUAGAUACAUUUGUAUACGGCACUACCAUUUGUGUCUUGUCUGAUAUAGUUCUUUUUUAAGGAUUGAACAACAUCAGUUAUUUUUUAGGGUUAAACAACAUCAGUUAGUUGUACUUGCUUGAAGUCUUGACCUUGAGCAUAACCUGAUAUCAACAAGCAAAAACAUUUGUUUUAAUGUAUGCAAAUAGUCACAUUGUCUGUUUAGUUGAGGGUCGUUUUUCAGUACAUGAAUUUGCUGCACUGUCAUGUAAAAGAAUUUGCACUGAUGCUAAUCAUAGUUCUAUGUAACUGAAUCAACAUGGUAUGUAAUCCUUCUCGACAUGAGUUACAAGUUCUUUAUUUAUUAUCCUGUUAAUUUAGUACUAAGUAAUUUUGACGUGAAGCUCUGCCUUUGUAAGCAGCCAUGAAAGACCGAUCAGAAGCGAGGUCCUUGCUGCUCGUGUCUCCUUGCUGGUGGCAACCGGACCUUCUUCUUGCCAGCGACAGGCAGGAAUCCGGUAAGUGGCCGCCAAAUAAGUACAGAUUACGGAAGAGACCUAAGUCCGACCAACGGCCAGCUCCCAGUUACUCGCUGCAAUUCCCACAUCCACCUCAAAUGGGAUAAGCGCUCCAGGCGAGGCGUCCCCGGCUAGGAGCAGAUCUGGAUCCCAUGGGUCCACCUCUCCCCAUUCGUUGGAUCUUUUCUCCCCAGCCGUGGCCACUCCUCAGGUUCGCUGGCUGAUGUCACGCCUGUUCCAAGGCAGGUUUUUCCCAGGGGAACCUCCUGGGGUGUGUCCUACAAGGUAGAAGUUUCUUGCUCGGUUCCUUUUGUUUGGGAUGAUCCAGAUGAGAUAGUGCAUCAGUUACUCACAGGAAGAAACCACCACAAUGAGAAUCCUCUUCUAAUCUGGCAAGUACUAUUCCUACUUGAUUGACGAACAUUGUAUCUGUAGUAUCUCUCAUUGUGCACUGUUGGUUAUGUUGUAUUACUUCUGCGGCUUUUUUCAUAUUUUAACAAUGGAAUUUUGUGUUAGGAACUGAGAUUCACUAGAUUUCAUAUUCUGCUUUAUUUUUUGAAUACUGAAAGUGCGUACCCAAUCUUAAUAAAGACUGGAAUCGAAUUGUCUCACGAAUGACUGAUAUUGAUUUUUUUAACACAACAUUUUCUUGUGAUGACACAACUUUAGUUAGUAGGUUUCGCAAAGGUCACCAAGUAUCAGUUAUCUACCAUUUAAAUCUCGAGUAGUGCCGGCACGAGGCAUGAGCUGUGGGCGUGGGCAGCAGGUAGACUGCCCCUUAUGCUGAAUUUAAUUACAGUUGAAAAUUAUGCAAUCAUGAAUGCCAUUAUGAUUUGAUGAAUUUAACUACAGUUGCAGCUCUUUUAUCAUCUGAACAAUUAGUUUGAAAGGUCCUACAAAUUACUGUAGCUGAAACUUUAAAGAUUAACCAACUAUGUUCUCCUUGAUCCUGUAAAAAAUAUUUUAUUCAUUUGAAAUUAUAUGCAGUGUUUAUGCAAGCCAAUAAUAUGAGAUACUAGAAAGCAAACGAAGAAACUGAUUACUUCCAUUGUGUAAAUCAUAUUUCUGAAUGUAACCUACUUAUUUCACCAUUCUCUUUAUUUGGAUACACAUGGCUCUAUUUUAAUAAAUCUCCAGUUUAUCCUAUAUGAUAUGCAGGCCCUCGUUUCUUUUCUUGGUAAUAUUUGUUUGUAUGAAAUUUUCAGUGUACAACAUAGUUUCUUUUAAAUGCUAUAGGUGUCUUUCCUGUGUCUUGAUUGGUGGUCCGCCUUGUUUUGGUUAGGAAAGAUUGUAGGUACAGAGUAGCUUCGGAGAUAUAUGUUCUUUUCUUACAGGUUAGUUCAAAGUAGGGAAUUCACAUUACGCAUAUAUACGAGUAGGUGACAGUAAUAUCCUGAAGUGCAGAGUUGUUGGGCUAAUUUACUAAUGAAACUCACUACCAUAUCCUUGGAUGUCUUGAUCACCUCAAGGGACAUUAGGGAGCUGAACUCAGGAAUGUUUAUACUAAAGGUGUAGCUAAAGCAACUUCAUGUCUAAAAACUUGAAACUUUGGCUUCCUUCCUGUGGUCAUAUGUAUUUCGUUCUUACAGCUUAUUUCUUUUUCAGUUUAGCAACAAAGGUUAGAUAAAGGCACCCAUAGGUAAAGCGAAACCUGAAGGUUUCUUUCGCUCUCCUCCCUACAGAUCUAUGCUUAUUUCCCAAUAGAUGUAGCUUCUUAUAUAAUUAAAAUAUUGUAUUUUGAGUGUGUUCGUGUUCUAAAAUCAAUAAUGGUGGUAUUCUUGGUAGAACUAAUGCAUUUCAUUAUGAUUUACUAUCUCGACUUAAAAACAUUGACUUAUUUUACAGUCGCUAUGCACAUAUUACGCUGCUAUACGUUUUGUAGUAUUAUCCUUUUAAGAACAAGUGCCGGUGCUAUGUUUUGCUAAUCCAAAAGGUGCAGUUUACCAUUGCCCUUCAAGUAUGGUGCCAACAUAUAUGUGUUUUAACUUUUUGUCCCUUGUUUUGCUAUGUUUAACCUUUCAUGCCCAACUUCUUUGAUAAACUAAUUGUCCCCUUCAAGGCCACUGACUGCAUGACGGAGAGGUUAUCAAUUGGACAGAUUUGUCCUUCAUUUCAUUACUCGGUGCUGACCUCUUUCUCUAUUUUUAUCUCAUUUGUCCAUUACACUUUUUGAAGGAUGAUAAUAAUCUGUCAACAUUGCAGAAUGGCCAUGCUUCUCUUUGUAUUCAUACACAAAUUUGAAGAUUAUAGCUUGAUUUACAUUUGAAUGACUUCGGCUUUAGUGUUUACUAGAAGAGUUGGGCGCGCUUUGCUGCAUCGUUGAUGUAAUUGGGUUUUCAUACUUUUUUUACUCCAUCUAUUUCAAAAUAUAAGGUGUAUUACUCUU